UCUUUUUGGAACAGUUGCAUUUGGUCGGCAGCCACGAUCACUGCUUUCGUCGCCAUUUCGCACGGAAAUUAUUUCGUAAACUGUUUUUGUUGUUCGUGAAACGUGUUUGCGAUAUACGAUUUUUGACUUCAGGGAAAUUUUGUUUACAUAUUAUAUGUGUAGAAAAACGCGACGACACAGAGUCACCAUUACCAUAUCGUUGGCGUCGUCGACAUCGUUGAAGCUUUCCAACUGAUGUACCAAGUCAUAUCGAAAUGCUUCUAGCCUUUGAGGCAAAGUUGAUUGCAAAACAAAGGCCUUCUAGAUGGUGAAGAAAACGCACAAAAAAUGCAUUAGCUAAGGGCAUUGUGCAGGCGUUAUAAAAAGAAAACAACCGAAAAGAAGAAGCAAAGAAAAAAACAUUGAGUAUGUAAAAUACAGGAGACACACUGGAUGCAAAAAUAAAAUCAACAAAGCAUAGUAAAAAAGCGCAAAGCCACAAAAAGAAGAAUCGAAUACGAGGUAAAUAGAAGGGAACAAAUACGAAAUCCAUCGACCAACAUACACACUCACGCAUAUAUCUAUACAUAUUAUUGCGAGAAAAGAAAAGUUUUAUUUUGUGUUGAAAGUUGAAGAAAUUUUUAAGUGGUUUUUAUUUGGAUUGCAUUCGACUCCGAGAAUCGCAUAAUAUCUCUUGAUCCGUUCGAAAUAGUAACAAAAAAGAAGAAGUGGGAAAACAAACAUCAGUUCUUACAACAUCACCACCAAUAUCAACAAUAACAAGCAUCCGAGGCACCAUGGAAUAGUGGCUUUUCGAACAAAUAGAGUUGAAACGCCAUCGAAAUCAUCAUAACAAUUUCAAAUGCUUGAAUAAUAUUCGAAAGUGGCGAAAAGAGAGUGCAAAAGUGCAAAAAGAAUAAAAAUCUAUCAAUGAUUAUAAGUGUGUUCUCACGCCGAUUGUGAAAACGGUACACAUUCGCACGCACAUAAAUUGUCUUUUAACUUAUGCUGUGUGCACACACACAGAGAGAGGACCAUCAUCUGUCACAGGAGCGGACAGUGUGAACAAAAAAGGCUUCAAAAACGUUCAAAACGUGGCUCGAAUUAAAAAACAGUUUUCUGUCCUUAUGGACACCCAAUUGGUGCGAAUGUGAUACAGAAAUGUGUCAACAUAAUCAUAGGACACAUAGAAAUGACUUUUUUUCUUCAUCAUUGUUUACACAAAAAAGGAGUACCCACAAUCAGCAUCAAAACAAACACUCGACAACGAAUAUUGCUUCAAUCGAUAUGGGCGGUAUGUUUCCAGAGAGUGGAAAAAAUAUUUAUAUAUCCGAUACUAGUUAUGGAUAUACGGAAAUUGACAUGAUAAACUUGUUUGGAUCACCAGCAGGGCGUGCAAUAAAUAAAAUAACAUCGAUAAAAUUAAAUAAAUCUGAAGCAGCAAAAGCAAAAGCGAAAUCAAAAGACCGAACCAACACAAACGGCAUUAGUUGUAGUAGCGGAAGUGGCGGCGGCGGCAGCAGCAGCAGCAGCAGUUCUAGUAGUAGUAGUUAUAGUCAGAGCAACGAUGCGAAUAGCAAUGAUAAUACAACAUCCACCAAUUCAAUGAAUCGAGAUCAUACGUUAUUUGUUGAGGAUCAAAAAAAUAGCAUUAAAGCGAUUAGCGGCACAGUUGGUAUCGACACAACAUUUGGUAUUGGUGUUGGCAUUAACAAUGGCACUGCGCAAACCAUUCAUCGCCAUUGCAUAGCUAAACCCGAUAAAUAUAUGAAUUUACACAAGAAAAAGGUGAAAUGCUGGGAGAGUUUUCUCGAAAAUGACAAAUUAAAUAAUAAUUGGAGCUGCACUUCUACGGAUGAUACUAAAGUAGAACGAUUCGACGAAUUGAUCACCGAUGCGGAAAUAUAUGAAGAAGCUGUACGAUUUCUGGGCCUUUCGUGUACUUUAAGCAAUAGCUGUCGCUGCUUGGAAUGUCAGAGUCGCUAUUUUGACUACGAAGACGAUGAGGACUAUGAUGACUCAGACGACGACGAUGAUGAUGACUUUAUUACCGUUUUUUGAGUACGUGAAACUUUUUUUCUCUCUCACUCUCUACUCUCUCUCUCUCAACCUUUCGACAAUACCAUGCCAAAAAUGAAAAUGUUCUAAAUAAAUGAUAAUUAAAAUAAUAACAAUAAUUAACACAGCCAAAAACCACAGAGCUUUGUCGUUGCAUUCCGUUUUCGUCGAUUAAUGUAGUUAAUAUUUUCGAGUGAUUUUAUGGAAACUUUAGAGAGUUUCGCGUAACAAAUAGAUAAAAAAGAAACACAUACAUACAUAACAUACAUAGACAAAAAAAUAAAUAAAUAAAUUAAAUCAUUUGACUUCAUAAUGACAGGAACACAAAACAGUGUAGAAAACGAUAAGGUCAACAAGUUUAACAAAUUGAAAACCUCAAAAUGUGGUUCACGUUCAACAAAUUUUUAUGUUGUCACUUCGGUGUAAAACGAUUUAAAGUGCGGCUGGGUAAAUGGUUCCCAUGUGCUUUUCAUGUGAUACAAAAAAAAAAAAUUGGAACAACAUGGACGCAGCAGAGGAAAAAUAAUUCGAAACUCGUACAAACUCCACAAUUUAUGAGCAAAUGAGAAUGAGCGAUUUACUCAUUCCAUAAGCAUGUAUCUCAUAAAAAAACUAAUGGUAACAACACAGCCUGCACACGUCACAAAAGUUCCAAAAUUUAAUUCUAGCAUAAAAAGUGUGUUCGAAUUCGGAGCUUGUUUAUGAGUGGUCAGUACGAUACAUAAUACCGAACAAGAAAAAAAAAAAGAACGAAAAAUCUUCCUCUCCAGUUCACAUGAAUAUUUAUUCACCGGUCCAUAGUUGUGAAUGACCACUCUCGUUUUAAGCCUGAAACGAAACUUUUUUGAUUAGAUUGAUGCAGCCGCAUUUUAACAAUUUGCUAAUAUGCACACUUGGGCGGAAAUUUGAAUAACGUACUACAUGCACGACGAGAAAUGAAUGCUCUUCUUUCGGCGAACAUAUACACUGUAUAACAGUUUCGAAAGCAUUUAAAUACCGUUGAUUCGAUAAAAUACAUGGCACAUCAUUUCCACAUAUAUUCGUAAUGUUUCAGAUAAAUGCUCCAUCAACCGUCAACUGUUGAUAUAAACCAGCGAAAUGAAUAUGUCACACAUUUAUAAAAUGUGGAUAUUUGAAUGAGUUUGAAAUGUUGUGGAUAUAUAUCAAAUGAAUAGACAUUAUGCUUCAAUAAAUUUGAACACAUUUAAUCGAGCAAAGAAAAUGCUAGUUGUGUGAAUUUGAGAUUUUCUCAUGGUUCCGAGUACAUUUACACUGGUACAUGCGUAUAGUUUUCGGGAUUAAUCAAAACUUUUUUUUAAAAAAAGGAAAACGAAAAACAACAAAAACAACAGAAACUCAACUCAAAUGUUAAACUUCUACAUUGUGCACUAUAUAAAAUAAUUAAAAUUAAUAGAAUGAAAGAGUGGAAGCGCAAAUUCGCCCUCAAUUCCCCUGCGUACAAUCUGCACUCAUACCAUUGUCUGAUUUAGCGAAACAAGAAAAACUACAAUAAUUAUGAUAUAAAUAACUUUUCUUUUAAAAUCGCAUAAGACAUCACACAAACUCUACAAACUUAUCUUCGUUUUUUUGUAUCCUCAUUAUAGACGACGGAUAGGAAAAGAAACAAGAUUAUUGUGAACGUAUUCCCAAAUCUGCAAACUUACGAACUACCAAACUUACGCAAAAGCUCCGAGCACAAUAAAAACGAAAUGAGAAAAAGUGCAUGCGAACAAAAAUGAUGAAAUAUUUUUCACACGUUAAAUAGGGUGCGCUUCAAAAGUUUACUAUCUCAUAGCUCAAGUGACAGAUUAAGUAAACGAUGCAGGGAAAAAAUACGAGAAAAAGUAACUAUACGAAGUAAAGGGAUCUUAUAUUAUCAAAUAUUAAUGAUAUCAACACCAACUAUUUGAUCUAUGUGCUAAAAAUUCGACUCUGUUACUCAACUAAUAAUCCCAUUGUUGAACAUUAUUACUGUUAUUUCUAUACAUUUACAUGGCGUGUUCUAUCAAAAAUAGACAGCACAAAAAUUGUAUUACAUCAGUCAAUUUUAACGAUGGUAAUACUCUGCAUAAAUCCAAAAAAAGCCACACAACCAUCAAAAGUUCCUCUAGUACCACAUUUUCUUUUGGUUUUCUUCCAAAACCCUCCUAUUCCAUGGAAUAUGAUAAAUAUUUAUUUAAGUACAAAGUACUUCUUCAUAAUUGUUUUGCAUAUAGUAUCAAAUUACUAUAUUCAUAUGUGUAAGUGUAACGAAAUGUUCUUUCUCGUCGUUCGUUACGUAUCGCAAUUUUUAAAUAUACCGAAAAAUGAGCAAAAAAAAAACAGAAGGAGAAAGUAAACGAACGAACGAAUGAGAAGAAGCAAAUGUGAUUAUAACGUAGUUCCACUAUGAAAGUAUCAUAAAAAAUGUGUAUUCCUUUGGCCUCCGACGGUUUGAACGGCUUCUCUUCGGUUCCAUCGUGAAUCAUUUGGUUUGUAUUGGAAUUUCGUUUUGUUACACAUUUGAAGAAUGUACAAGGCGAACAUUCGCUUAACCGUUGAGUUUAAUGCGGCUAAUAAAAUUCACGCCAUGAAUACAAAACUUCUGUACAGGCGUACAAUUUUAACUAUAUAAGACGAAGGAACCGACAAAACCAAAGAAACGCGAUCGUUUCCCAUUCGAAAGUGUUCCCAUUUCACUGUUUAUCUUUGUAUGGAUGACUGUCGGCAUAUACUCUCGCACAGUUCAAGGAACAACAUUUCUUAAAAUACAUUAAACAUAAACAUUUAUAUGCACCGUACUUUUUACGCAAUGUCAUAAUGAGUGUACGGUUAAGCAGCAAGAAAAAAAAACAUACCACAUUAUUUCAAAUGUACAAAACGUGAAGAACGUUGUUACCAUCGGAGGAAGGUUGGUGGUGUUUAGUGUUUUUGGCAACGGAGGUUGUCUUAAGUUAAUUGAAAUGCAAUAACACUCGAUCAACAGCCGCAAAUAAAAAUAAUUUUCGACAUUUGAUAGGUGAACCACAAACAAAAGUUUGUUUUCGUGUUUGCGCUUUUCGGUGUGAAAAGUUAUAUUUUAUUCUUCGUUUUCAUUCUUAUUUACGGCUGAAAAUGUAAUACCGUUGCCAAUGCUGCUCUCAAUUUAUCAAGAUGUCAGUUGACCUCAAAGAGUAUACAUAUAUACCAACGUCAAACACACCAACACUAACAUCUACAAGCAUUAACGCCAAUCAUUCCCAUAUAGUUCAUAUACGGUGAGUACGAGACCCGUAAUGAUGAAUCGAAUAAAAAACACUUGCCCCUUCGACCGAGUACAUUCGAUUCGAUUUUUCCCGGAAACGCAUAAAAACUAUGUGCUCUUGCCUUAUUUGCAACAUCUGAAAUAAUCUGACAUACUGAACCAAGGAGCUAAGGAAAUUUUUUAUUGAAUUUAAACAAAAUGCUUUGUUGUUCUUUUCAUUUCGUUCAAUCGCUUCAUAGCACCUCUUUCAAUUGCUGAAAAUGUGUUCAACUUGAAAAAUGCAAUCGAAGUACAUCUUUUGUAACCGGGGAACAUAUAUCCGGCAAGAUUGGUAUGUUAAACAAAUUCAAACAGCACAUGAAAUAACAUGUUAUUGUUUUGUUCACUAACUGGUUCAAACUAUGCAUUAAAAAAAAAUGAAAACAAUUUGAUAUUCGGUGAGAAUUUGUUUUCUCGUGCUCCUUGCUCUAACAUACACGUUUCAUCCUCUCUUUAUUUCUCUUUACGUACGUGUUCACUUUGGCUUAUUCAUGGGAAACUUUUCAAAAAUAAGUACCAACAACUCCAACCAAAACUCCAACAAUAAAGUCACACCUUCUGCUGCAAUUUUUGGUUUUUGUUUCCGAAUUUCAUUGCAGACUUUGAAACCAAACUUUCUUUUUGAGGGAGGGAGGAGGUAGCGGUUGUUCUAUGUCGUUUUACAUAGACAUAUUUCAUGAAUUAUGGCAAAGCUUAAGCUGAAUUAUUUAGAUUAGAUAUGUAAGGGGAACUAUUUAAUAAAAUUUACUUCUAAAUCAAAAUUAUAUAAAUAACGUAAUUGUAUAAUUUGCGAAUUUGUAAUGUUGAAACGUGAUGAAAUUGAAUAUAAUUUGAAUUGCGACUCAAAAUUCACACGAAAUUAUUUUUAUGAAUCGUAUGUGCUUUUUAAAAGUGACACUUUACAGAGAAAGAUUUGAGAUAAUUUCACUUUCUCUACACGAUGUAUACAUAUAGCAUUUAAUUGUUACACCGGAAUGCAUAACACAUACAAACAAACAAACAAAAAUUAAAUUAAAUAAACACUACUUUUCUCUAUUAUUAUUAUGACUGUUGUACACCAAAUAUACUCAGUCAACUCGACCACAAUACAAAAAAAGGGGUAAUUCAACUAAUGACUAUUAUUUGCCAAAGAAAAUGUUAAGUUGUUAAAAAAAGAAUGAAUGAACAACAUUUUACAAACACACUCACAUAGAGAGAAGACUAAUGAACAGAAAAAAAGGAACACAAAACAAAAACUAAAAUCCAUUUAUUUAUGUGCAUAACGAAGUGUUACGUGAACAUUAUAAAUUACGUUGUUACGAAAAACGAAAGAGUAAAAAGUAUAAAAUCCAAACGAACAUGUAACAUUUAUCCAAUUCACUGCAACUAAAUCUAAUUAAUUGGACGUCAUCAAAGUAAAAGCAAAAUUCAAAUAACGAGAUAGAAAAAAAAAUCCAAAUAGAAAUGAGAUUUAAAAAAAAAAAAAGAAUCAGCAAACAAUUCAUUUGCAUUCAUCUUAUUUGCUGUAUAAUAUAUAAAUAUAUCUGUAGAAGGAGAAAUGAAGUGAUGACGUUGUAGCGAUUGCAAUUUAUGUGCAAAUAUAGAAAAUCUUGUGCAUUGAAACAAAUUUAUGAUAUGACUAAAGCCAUGCCAACGACGGAUUUUUUAUACUCAUGUAAAUUGUGUGCCAAAUCAAACAGAAAAAAGAACAUUGCACUUACACAUAAACACACUUAAAGAAACACACAUAAGCUCUACAGGCAACGCUAAGCGCCUAGUGCACACACACAAACACAAACAAACACACACACACAACACACACACACACACCUCCGCACACACACACACACACAAUGUUAUUGUAUACAUGGUCUGAGGUUGAGAUGCAAAGUGCACUCUCCACCGUAUUUCGCCGUUCGCGUACGCUUGCACAGCUGCAGUAUAUGCGAAUAUGCAGCCACGAUGGUAAUGCUCCCUUUGCAUCCCAACAUUCGACUCAAUAAAUACACAUUUCAAACCAAACAACCAAAACAAAGAAACAAACAAAAAAAUUUAUUAAAUGUACAAUUGUAUUUUAGGUAUUGUAAGUGUUAUUUUCAAAAUAAAUUUAUUCUUUUUAAUAUUGCAA